GUCUCAGGGACCAUCCUCAGGCCCCAUAAACUCAAAGGUCACAGUAAAGUCUCACUUCUUCCUCCAUACCAUUCCUUGCCCUGUUUCUCUUUGAACCAAUUUUACCAAUUUCACAAUGACAAUCCUCGUGACCGGCGGCAAGGGUACCACAGCAAAGCCCCUGGCGGAAGUGCUUAAGAAGAACAAUAUUCCCUUCCUCGUCGCCUCACGCUCCUCCUCCGGCCAAGGUCAGGUCCGAUUCGAUUGGUGCGAUGAAAGCACCUAUGAGCUUCCCUUCCAGGCUGCCACAGACCCCAUCACUGCCAUCUACAUGGUGGCACCCAAAGUCCCAGACGUUUUUGAAAGGAUGAAGGCCUUCAUCGACUUUGCACGAGGCAAAGGUGUCAAGCGCUUCGUUCUACUCAGCGCCACCCCUGUCCCCAUGGGAGGUCCCAUGUAUGGCAAGGUUCAUGAGUAUUUGACCCAAAUUGGUGUUGAGUACGGCGUAGUUCGCCCUACAUGGUUCAUGGACAACCUCAUCAUGGAUGUAUUUAACAAAGAGAUCAUCGAUAAAGGUCAAAUCUCUUCGGGCGCAAAGAAUGGCAAGCUGCCUUGGGUUUCGGCCGAAGACAUCGCCGCCGUUGCCUACCGAUUACUUACAGACGAAAAACCUCACAACACUGACUACACCGUGCGUGGACCGGAGCUGUUGACAUAUGACCAGGUGAGUCUCUUCCAGCAGUUCUGCUGGCGAAAGAUAUCUCAAUUGACUCACUAUUCCCCUAUUAUAGGUCGCCGAAAUCAUCUCAAAGGAGAUUGGGAAACCAGUAAAACACAAUUCUAUAUCCGACGAGGAGCUCUAUCAGAGAUUCACAGAGAUGGGAACAAGUGAAGAGGAAGGCCAGAUCUUGGUGAUGCUCGAAGGACAGAUCGCCCAAGGAUCCGAGGAACAGAUGGACGAGAACGUCCUCAAGGUGACAGGUCGGCCGCCCAAGAGGUUCGCCACAUUUGCCGCUGAGAAUCGCCAUAACUGGUUGUAAUGGAUGGCUCUGAAUACUCUUAUACUGGCCUGCAUCAGAGAGGGGCAAGUAUUCACACUCCUCGACCUCCUGAUCGCAAGAGGCCCUAAUUCGUGUAUCUGUCCAGUACAAGUGCAGUGACAUGCCUGUAUUCACCGAGCAGGCGAACAUGAAGGGAAAAGAAGCAAGUAAUCAUGUAAAAUAAUGUGAGCAGUCGCUUGAUGUUCCUUCCUAGCCAAUAAGAUAUGUCCACGAGUAGGAACACCCACACCUGAUUGGACGCUUGCUUGUUCGACCAGGUGGGUUUCCCUUUUCGGACCUAGAUUCAUUGCAC